AUGAAGCAGCCUGAGCUGCCAGUCUGCAGAGAGCUGUCAGUCUGCAAGGUGGUGACAGUCUGCUUGAAGCAGCCAGAGAUGUCAGUCUGCAAAGAGCUGCCAGUCUGCAGGGUGCUCCCCCACCCAAACGCCUGUCCUCACACCUACCCACAGCCCCCACCCAAACGCCUGUCAUCACACCUACCCACAGCCCCCACCCAAACGCCUGUCCUCACACCUACCCACAGCCCCCACCCAAACGUCUGUCCUCACACCUACCCACAGCCCCCACCCAAACGCCUGUCCUCACACCUACCCACAGCCCCCACCCAAACGCCUGUCCUCACACCUACCCACAGCCCCCACCCAAACGCCUGUCCUCACACCUACCCACAGCCUCCACCCAAACGCCUGUCCUCACACCUACCCACAGCCCCCACCCAAACGCCUGUCCUCACACCUACCCACAGCCCCCACCCAAACGCCUGUCCUCACACCUACCCACAGCCCCCACCCAAACGCCUGUCCCCACACCUACCCACAGCCGCCACCCAAACUCCUGUCCUCACACCUACCCACAGCCCCCACCCAAACGCCUGUCCUCACACCUACCCACAGCCCCCACCCAAACGCCUGUCCUCACACCUACCCACAGCCCCCACCCAAACGCCUGUCCUCACACCUACCCACAGCCCCCACCCAAACGCCUGUCCUCACACCUACCCACAGCCCCCACCCAAACGCCUGUCCUCACACCUACCCACAGCCCCCACCCAAACGUCUGUCCUCACACCUACCCACAGCCCCCACCCAAACGUCUGUCCUCACACCUACCCACAGCCCCCACCCAAACGCCUGUCCUCACACCUACCCACAGCCCCCACCCAAACGCCUGUCACCACACCUACCCACAGCCCCCACCCAAACUCCUGUCCUCACACCUACCCACAGCCCCCACCCAAACUCCUGUCCUCACACCUACCCACAGCCUCCACCCAAACGCCUGUCCUCACACCUACCCACAGCCCCCACCCAAACGCCUGUCCUCACACCUACCCACAGCCCCCACCCAAACGCCUGUCCUCACACCUACCCACAGCCCCCACCCAAACGUCUGUCCUCAAACCUACCCACAGCCCCCACCCAAACGCCUGUCCUCACACCUACCCACAGCCCCCACCCAAACUCCUGUCCCCACACCUACCCACAGCCCCCACCCAAACGCCUGUCCUCACACCUACCCACAGCCCCCACCCAAACGUCUGUCCUCACACCUACCCACAGCCCCCACCCAAACGCCUGUCCUCACACCUACCCACAGCCCCCACCCAAACUCCUGUCCCCACACCUACCCACAGCCCCCACCCAAACGCCUGUCCUCACACCUACCCACAGCCCCCACCCAAACGCCUGUCAUCACACCUACCCACAGCUCCCACCCAAACGCCUGUCCCCACACCUACCCACAGCCCCCACCCAAACUCCUGUCCCCACACCUACCCACAGCCCCCACCCAAAUGCCUGUCCUCACACCUACCCACAGCCCCCACCCAAACGCCUGUCCCCACACCUACCCACAGCCCCCACCCAAACUCCUGUCCCCACACCUACCCACAGCCCCCACCCAAAUGCCUGUCCCCACACCUACCCACAGCCCCCACCCAAACGCCUGUCCCCACACCUACCCACAGCCCCCACCCAAACUCCUGUCCCCACACCUACCCACAGCCCCCACCCAAACUCCUGUCCUCACACCUACCCACAGCCCCCACCCAAACUCCUGUCCCCACACCUACCCACAGCCCCCACCCAAACUCCUGUCCUCACACCUACCCACAGCCCCCACCCAAACGCCUGUCAUCACACCUACCGAUGGACAACUUCUACUUGAAGAGUCACUUUCAGCAUCGUAAGUCCCACCCUCACAGUUAA